AUGUCGACAACGCAGCAAGACCCUCACUACCUAGCUGCGACACUGUCCAAAGCAGCCGAGUCGAUGUAUCGCCACCCAACGUACGACCGCAGCUUCGACUCUGGCCGCUAUCCGUCCAACACCAGUCAACCGAGUCUCUCGCACAGCCUCAACACGUACACCGAAUCUUAUCCGCCCUCGCUCUGCCGACGCGACUGCGGCGACUACUCUGCCGACAUGACGCACAGCGAUUGCGAGACGGGCUGCACCGACGUGGCACCGUCACUGGACGAUACGUCCGACGUUGACGAGGCGCUGAGCAGUGUGAGCCACUCGAAGCCGUCCCUGCUCAAAUUCGUCGAGCCGGUCGUGCAGCGCGAGCAUACCAACGGCCAACCACGCUUGACGGGCAUGAAGAAGAAGAUGCAGCGAAGUAAGAAGGCGGACGACGGCGCAUUCGGGGUUCACCAUCUGCCUGUUCUCGGCUUCACCGACUCGCGCGCCACCUACGACUCGGACGAGCUUCUGCACAUGGACCAGUUCCCCGGCGUGCCCACGAGGGACAUAAACAGUAGCACCGGCAAGGAGCAGUGGAACGUCGACACGAUCGAGAUCGGACUCGAGGAUCUGAUGCUUAUCAAGGGCAAGGCCAAGUCGAUGUUUCUGGAGGCUGCGGACGACGGAGCGGAGGAGACCAAGAGCGCUUCGAGGCUGAUGCCCACGAGACGAGCUGCAGCUCACUCGGUCUUUGACGAGACGGCGGAGCAAGACAGGCCGCACCUACCAUCAGCACGAGCACGAACGCAGAGCGGAGCUAAGCGAACAGCACCGCUCGAGCCUUUACCGCCUUUGCCGCCGCCCAAGCCCACCGUCAGCACAGGCGAUACUCCUUCAUCGCAGACGACUGGUCUGCAGCCGAGCAGCAGCCACCCCCUUGUCUUGCCAUCCGGCGAGAGCAGUGACGAGGACGUGUUCGCCUUCAAGCUGCCCACCCUCCUUCCCCACGAUUCCCAUCAGGGGACCAUUCGAGCCCCUCGCGCCUCUCGCCUCAACUCCAUCACCUCCUCUUCCUCCCACAGCAGCAGCACGCGCGAUCUCGAUCCGCGCGAAAUCAUCCAACGCGCGCGUCUGGAGAACACAUCGUGCGGGCUCGAUGCGGAACUCGACUCGUCCUCCAACCUCAAUCCCAUUUUCCCGAUCCCCGAGCGACGGGGGUCGAGCGGCAGUGGUGUUGUGGCGGAAGAUCUGCCCCCGUUGAUGUCGAACCACUACCUGCAGGGUCAUGUUGAUCCGGUGGAGUACGCGAGGCUCAACAGGAUGCCCGAGAGGCUCGCCGCCGCCACCGUGACGUCGAGCGGUCAGAAGCUGUCCAGCAAGCAUUUGAACAAGCACAGGAAGAAGGAAGGGGAGCAGGUGGGAUACGAGCCCAUCAGCAUCCUUCGCGCCGAAGCGGCGUUCCUGAAGGAGGAUGGAGGGAAGGAGAAGAAGAAGAACAAGGAGAGACCGUGGAAGGGAAGCAAUGGCGCAAGCAACUCGAGCUCCGAUGUCAGCUCCGAGGGCAACAAGCUCAAGUCGUUCAAGUCGUCGCUGUUUCUUCGAGGUCAGAAGUAG